AUGGCCUCCAACUCACCCCCAAUAGCGCUUCUCACAGCCCAGCACUGCGCAGGCCAAGUCCACCUCAUCCUCGGCGCCAACCCCCUCGCAGCAGCACGCGCAUCAUCCUCUCUCGCAGCCGGCGCCAAACCAAUCCUCAUCUCACCCAUCCCAUCAAACAACGACCAACAUCAACUCCACUACAGCCUAACCUCCCUCAUCGCCUCGUCCCAACUCACCCACCUCCCCCGCGCUUUCACUCCAGACGACCUCUUCACCCUCGGCCGGCCCGAAGUCAACCACGUCGUUGACGCCGUCUUCGUCACCAGCCACACCAACCCUCCCUCAGAUCCCUCAGAUCCCUCAGAUAAUCCCCCAGAAGCCUCCUCAUGGACCCCCGUCUCCCUCUCAACCCUCUGCAACCGCCACCGCAUCCCCAUCAACAUCGUCGACUCCCCCGCACUCUGUUCUUUUAGCUUGCUGAGCGUGCAUGUCGAUGGCCCGCUGCAGAUUGGUGUCACGACGAAUGGGAGAGGGUGUAAAUUGGCGGGGAGGAUUCGAAGGGAGGUGGCUGCGGGAUUGCCGGCUGGGUUGGGGGGCGCGAUGGAACGGUUGGGGGGGUUGAGGAGGAGGAUUGUAGAUGGGGAUGGGGGUGGGGGAUUGGAUGGGGGUCUUCUUGGAGGGGGGGAUGGGGAUGACUCGACGGAGCAGUCGGCGGGGUUGAAUAAGCUGGUCCGGGAAGGGGAUGAUGAUGAUGAUGGUGGUGAGGCGGCUAAGACGAGACGGAUGCGGUGGUUGGCGCAGGUGUGUGAGUAUUGGCCGUUGAGGCGGUUGGCGGAGAUUGGAGAGGAGGAUGUGGAGGGGAUUUUGAAGUCGUAUCCUGGUGGUGGUGGUAGUUCUCAGAUAUCCGACAAGACGGGAACGCCUUCACCAACUCGCACCGGCCGAGUCAUCCUCGCAGGCAGCGGGCCCGGCCAUCCAGACUUACUUACCCGCGCGACUUACAAAGCAAUGCAAACGGCCGACCUCAUCCUCGCAGACAAACUAGUCCCCGCGGGGGUACUCGACCUAAUCCCGCGCCGCACACCGGUGUCCAUCGCGCGCAAGUUCCCCGGCAACGCGGACCGCGCACAGGAGGAACUCCUCCAGCAGGCGCUGGAUGGCGUGCGCGCCGGGAAAACCGUGCUGCGUCUAAAGCAGGGAGAUCCGUUUAUCUACGGCCGAGGCGGGGAAGAAGUGGCUUUUUUCCGGGCGCAUGGGCUGGUAGGGAGUAACGAUGUGGUGGUGUUGCCGGGGGUGACGAGUAGCUUGAGCGCGCCGCUGUUUGCGGGGAUUCCGCCGACGCAGCGGGAUGUGGCGGACCAGGUGCUGGUGUGUACGGGGACGGGGAAGAAGGGCAAGGCGCCGCGGCCGCCGGGGUUUGUGGGGAGUCGGACGGUGGUGUUUUUGAUGGCGUUGCAUCGGAUUGGGGAGUUGGUGGGGGAGUUGACGGAAUUCACUGCUGAGGAGAAAGCAGAACAACAACAGCAGCAGCAGCAGCAGCAGCAGCAGCAGCAGCAGCAGCCAGGAGAAGGUGAAAAGCAACAAGAAGAAGAAGUAACAGAGAGGAGGAGAAGAACCCUCUGGCCACUGACAACCCCCUGUGCCGUCAUCGAGCGAGCGAGUUGUCCGGACCAGCGGGUGAUCCGGACGACGCUGCGGUUUGUGGCCGAGGCGAUCGAGCAGGAAGGGAGCCGGCCACCGGGGCUGCUUGUGGUUGGGCGGGCGUGUGAGGCGUUGUACACGCCCGAGAAAGGCCGGUCGUGGGUGGUGGAGGAUGGGUUUAAGGGGUUGGAUUUUGGUGUGGAGGGGGGUUUUGCUGGGAUGGCUUGA